CGCUCGCGCGGCAGUCACGCUAUCGCGGCGAGUGAGCACAGCCGCUACGACCGCUACGUGUGCUACGACACGCGCUACGACGGCUAGGUUGGCUACGACGUCGUAAUGUGGCCCACUCUAGUGCUUUUCGCACUUUUCGCCUCGGUCCAAGGACGAGCGGUGAAUAUCAGCAACACAUGGGUCCUGCCCGAGGAAGGGUUCCCGGUAUUCUAUCGCUACUUCAGGGACCGCAUCUCAUGGUACGAGGCGGACGCUGUGUGCCAGUUCCACCACGCUAACCUGGUCACAGUGGACACGACAGCGCAGUACGACGCAGUCCGGGCGUACCUCAAGGAAUUGGACAUCUCUAGUGCGGUGUGGGUCGGUCUCAUCCGUAGUAAUCCCGACGGGGACUUCACUUGGACGGAUUACCGAGGUCUAAGCGGGGAUGGCUACUGGAGCUCUGCCCCAGACUCACGUGCUGCCCCUCUUUGUGCCGCUGCUGAUCCUGCCGCAGACUACCGCUGGGAAGCCAGGGCCUGUGGAGGACCCAUGGUCGCCUCCUUUAUCUGUGAACUACCAGUUCCUCAAUGGGCACUUGGCAAUGAAGGUUGCAUGAUUCGAGCGCUUCCGGCACUCACGGUACUAUAUUUGCCGGAGAGCGCAGCCGUUCAACUCACCGCAGACUGUGGACUGGCUGGUGUGAAGCGGGUGCAAUGCACUGGAAAUAUGAAACGCGUAAAUCUACUAAAAGAACUGUCUUGUGCAGAAGAAGAAGAAGUUUCAAGCAUCUCAAAUAUAAUUUCUACAAGCGUCACAUAUUCAGCAGCUACUACAGAUGCUCCAGCUAUACAAGAUACAACUAGUGACAUGACUACCGAUGAUAAUAUUACAACAGAAAAUGAUGAUAAUAUUAAUCUAUCACCUAAAGAUCAAAAUUUCAUAUCGACAUCUUUGCCAAAUAUAUUGAAAACGUUAACUCAAGACAAUUCACUUUUACGUCCUAUAUUUAAAAUACCAAAUAAAAGCAUAAUGAAUAAAAACAUAAACUUAAAUGUUAUUCAUAAUAAUAAUUUGCAAAGCAAUGAAAUUCCUAAAAUAGUAAACACUGACAAUUUAUUGAAUAAGGAGCAUUUAGAUAAACUAGAAGAUGAAAAGAAUAUGCAGCACAAGAUGUUGCAUGAUGAGUUAGCAAGGCUUGGUAACUUUGAAACAAUAUUCACCCAACCAACUGACCAUUUUGUGCCACCUUUGGUGAUGGCUAGGUCUAAAUUAAGUGAUGAUAUGACCGUAUUAUCAUUGGAAGAAAAACAUGCACAACAGGUAGCUGAACAAGUACAUCUAAAGGAGCAUCUUGAGGAUGUCUCUAUUUCGCAUGAAACAAACAAUACACAUAUUGAUACCACUACUGACAAUUUAAGCUCUUCCGCACCUACCACUACUAAUAAACCAGCAGUUACAAAAAUACAAGCCAUUGAAAAUAAAGAUAUACUUAAAAAAGAUAAACCAAAAUCUAGCGUACCCAAAAAGUAUAAUGAAAAACAAUUUGAUCCAAAGAAUAAGAUUUCAAAAUCGGAAAUCAAAAUUGUUAAAACUGAUAAAGUGACUAUUAGCAAUAUUACAGCAACUGAUAAAAUUACUACUGAAUCAAGUUCAGACACAGAGACUGCCAUAAAAAAUAGGACUUAUAUUGAUAAUUAUCAAAAUAAAUCAGAAGAAGAGCCAUCAAUUGAUUUGACUGUAAUUAUUAAAAGCAUGGAGACAAAUAAAAAUGAAAAUAUUUUUAAAGGAGAUGUGCCUAAAAUUGAGAUUAUAGAAAAUGAUACUACAAUUACAGAUCCUGAAAUAAAACUAGUAAAUACACAAAACAAUGGUACUUUAGAAUCACAACAAGAGAUAUCAGUAAAAAUACCAGCCCAAAUUCAGAAUUUCACUAUGACUCAUGAAGUCAUAAAAAUAACUAUCAUAAACGAAGAAAAUUUUAACGCCACUCCCACUGUUUUCGAAGUUACAACUAGAAUGCCAGUUUUUAAUACCGAAUCAAAAGCUAGUAGUCCCAUCACGAUAGAAAAGGAAUCGGAUCAAACUACCGACUUACCUAAUUUCAAAAGUACAUUGCCACCCGAUGUACUAACAACUACCACAGAAGUACCUACAAAUUAUACUGAACAGAUAAAUGAUUUAAAAUUAACUCCCAUAACCCAUGCAAACAUUGAAUCAAAACUAUCUGACAUUACAACAAUAUCGACUACUGAAAAAGAUGUGGUGGUGACAGAAUCAAUAUACACGACAACAACUGAAAGUGAAAAAAUAACAAACUUUAUGAAUAAUAGCACUGAAGUCGAAAGUAAUGCAACUGCACCAAAUAUAACAACAAAGUUAUCUGAAGAAAUCACUAUUAUUGAUGGUGAUGAAUUUGACAAAAACAGCACAGAUAUAUCGGAAACUAUUGACGAUUCCAAUUCACCUCUGUUAUCCGGCGCUAACGAACCGAUACAUCGACCUAACCGGUCAAGGAGACCACAACAGAUACCAAGUAGGAAUAAAUUUAAUCCAUUUCGUAUUUUAGGUUAACCAGUUACCACAAGAAAACAAUUAAUGUAAAUAUAUGGAUGCCGUGGAUUAAAUUGAUGGCAAGGGACUGAAAAUUUAAUUAUCAUCAAAAAAGUUAUUGCCAAUGGUGUCAAAGAUUUAAAACAUCGAGACGAGUGUAAUAUGAAGGGACAUAAUGUUUUAAGAUUAAACUGUAUCACAAUAUCGAAUGUAAUUGUGAUGGCACGGUGCACUUAGAAAAGUAUCCAUAAUUGAUUUGUCAUUUUUAAAAUUAACACUCAUUUAUUUCAAGCACUAAUACAUAUGGUUGAAAUACAUAAGCGUGUAGAUUAAUUUACGCAAUAAGCUGUAGGAAGUAUUUUAAUUUGCAGUUACAAUUUUCGUAGGAUGAAAUUAUUUUAUAAGAAUUUGUAUUCGCAAAUUUGAAUAGGUUAAGAUAAAUAUAUGUAUUAUGUAGCUAGCUGUUGAUUUAUAUUAUGCAAAUUUUAUAUGCUUGUUUUAAUUUCAAAUAAUUUCUUAGUAACAGAAUAGAAAACAUUGUAGUUAUCAAGAGGAACUUAGUCAAUUCGUACAUCAUCAUAGCUUAGCUAUACAUUAUUUUAGCUAAAUUUAGAUUUAAUCAAAAUUUAAGAAUGAUGUACCUACCCAUCAAAGUCAUUUACUAUACUUGCCAAAUCCAUUAUUAUCGGGUAUUAGAUUAACUUAAUACACAUAAUAAUUGUAGUGAAUAUAAUUAACGUUUCAUCAACCAUAUCAUUCUUUAAUAAGUCUUAUCCAAAUGAAAUUAUUUUUAUCUAAUUUAAUAUAUGAGUAUGAAGAACAUGCACAAGUGAAUUAAAUAUUUAACACACUAUCUAAGAGGAAGAAACAUCAAUAGAGAAUAAGAUAAAUGUAGACGAUAUUAUUUGUAUUGAUAUUUUUAAUGAUUUGUCAUUAAUGUAGUGUUAGACACUAAGGAUUUUAUAAAUAAAAAAAAACAUAA